AUGGCUACAGAGAUUGAAGGACUCAGGGACAUCAUCUCCUCCUCCAUCAAUAACUUUAUUAGCAUCUGCGUAAAAACUGGAGUAGACUUCCCGUCUCUCAAUGAGCCUGUUCAUCCUUCCGAGUUCUCCCCUGACGGAAUUCACAACCACCCAGAGCUCAUUGCUACUCUGCAGUCUCCUGCUGCUCAUCUGUGGGACUCAGCAUUCAAAUUCACCCUUCCUAUUUGCCUCGGCAUCGCAGAAGGAACGCACGUCGCCGAAAUCAUAAGGGAUGCUGGACCCAAGGAUAUGCAUAUCAAUGAUAUCGCAAAGAAGAGCGGCGUCGAUCCUAAGAAGCUUGAACGUGUGCUAAGGUUCCUGGCGACAAACCAUUAUUUCCGCGAGGUGAAAGAGAAAACUUUUGCUCAUAACCUCCUGUCUUCGCUGCUUGAUACAGGAAAGGAUGUAACAGAUGAUUUUGUGGCUACUAAGCAUAUUAACACAAAUGGGUUUGCUGCUAUUGCUGGCUACGGAGCAGAUGAAGUCAUGACAUCUGCACAGGGAUUUAGAGAAGUCAUGCUCGAUCCGAAAACAGCUUUCUCUGAGGAAGUAAAUGAUAGCGGUUUCCAAAAGGCAUUCAAAACGGAACUACCAUUGUGGGAUUUCUAUGAGCUUCCGGAAAAUCACUACCGUCGCGACCGCUUCACUGUGUUCAUGUCCAGCGCGAAUAAAAUGCACCCAGAGGCAAUUCUCGCAGGUUACGAUUGGGAACAGAUUCCGAUUGGCCUAUUGGUUGACGUCGGUAGCGGAAUGGGCCACGUCGCCUUAGAAGUUGCAAAGAAGUUCCCAAACAUGCAGGUUGUUCUCGAGGACCUCAAGUCAGUGAUAGACAGAGCAAAAGACUACUGGAAUGAGAAAGUACCGACUCAUGUUUCGGCCGGAAAGAUUCAUUUUAUUGACACUGACUUCUUAAAGGAACAGCCUCCUCUACCAGGAGCUCCAGAUGUGUUUCUCCUCCGCUGGAUAUUACAUGAUUGGUCCGACAAAUACCUGAAGGAAAUGCCAGUUAAAGAGACGGGUGCUAUUGUGAAGCCUGCUCCAGCUCCUCUCCUGCCAAACUUUGGCGGAGCAAACUCGCUCUCCUAUGCAAUAGACAUCGUUGUCUCAACGAAUCUGAAUGAUGGAGAACGUACAAUACAAGGCUUCAUUGAUAUUUUGGAAGCGUCGGGUUGGCAGCUGUCGUACGUUCGGAGGCUCUCAAGGAACAAAAUGUUCUGGCCGAGCAUUAUUGCUGUACCAAAUCCCGACUACAACACUAGGUGA